AGUGAAAGCAGAGAAAGCUUCUGGCCCUAGGAAGGUGGGAGUUGGGGAGGAACUUGGUCUGAGGGGCACAGGCAUAUGGAGCAGACCCCACUCCUUACUGGUAGUGGGUUUCCAUGCACAGGCUGGAUUCCUCCCCCUUCUCUCAACCCAAACCCUGACCCAGAGAGCAGAGUCUGAUUUGGAAGCUGGAGGACAAAGCCAUGUAAGGUCUGUGGAUAUCACUGCCGCCAGCUCAGACCCGCCUCCCAACUCGGGCUCCAGCCUCCCUGCUCCCCACCCUCAGCAAAAGCAUCAGAAAACAAAGGCAUUCUGCUAGCGUCCAGACUCCUAAGCAAGAGGAGUCCAUUUCUGCUAAAAGCCUGUCUGUCUUCAAGAACGAUGACCCAGAAGACCACCCUGGUGCUUCUGGCUUUGGCUGCCAUCACCAUCUUUGCCUUGGUUUGUGUCUUGUUAGCCGGUAGGAGCGGAGAUGGAGGUGGACUGGGCCAACCUCCCCAUUGCCCUUCCAUUCCUCCUAGUGCCCAGCCCUGGAUCAAUCCUGGCCAGAGCCAGCUGUUUGCAGACCUGAGCCCUGAGGAGCUGACAGCUGUGGUGAGCUUUCUGACCAAGCACCUGGGACCAGGGCUGGUGGAUGCAGCCCAGGCUCGGCCCUCGGACAACUGUGUCUUCUCAGUGGAGCUGCAGCUGCCUGCUAAGGCUGCAGCCCUGGCCCACCUGGACAGAGGGGGGCCCCCACCUGCCCGGGAGGCACUGGCCAUCAUCUUCUUUGGUGCACAACCCCAGCCCAAUGUGACUGAGCUGGUGGUGGGGCCCCUGCCUCACCCAUCCUACAUGCGGGAUGUGACUGUGGAGCGUCAUGGUGGGCCUAUACCCUAUUACCGGCGUCCUGUGCUAGCCAGAGAGUAUAUGGAUAUCGAGCAAAUGAUCUUCCACAGAGAGCUGCCCAAGAUUUCUGGGCUCCUCCAUCAUUGUUGCUUCUACAAACACGGGGGACACAACCUGCUAGAAAUGACUUCAGCCCCCCGUGGUCUGCAAUCAGGGGACCGGGCUACCUGGUUUGGUUUGUACUACAACCUCUCAGGGGCUGGUUUUUACCUACACCCUAUUGGCUUGGAGCUGCUGAUAGACCACAAGGCCCUGGACCCUGCCCUAUGGACCAUCCGGAAGGUAUUUUAUCAAGGCCGCUACUUUGAGAGUCUGGUUAAUCUGGAGGACCAGUUUGAGGCCGGCCAGGUAAAUGUGAUGGUGGUACCAGCCAAUGGCACAGGUGGGUCCUGGUCCCUAAAGUCCUCAGUGCCGCCAGGUCCAGCUCCCCCCCUGCAGUUUCAUCCCCAGGGACCCCGUUUCAGUGUCCAGGGGAAUCGAGUGGCCUCCUCUUUGUGGACUUUCUCUUUUGGCCUUGGAGCUUUCAGUGGCCCAAGGGUCUUUGAUAUCCGCUUUCAAGGGGAGAGAGUGGCCUAUGAAAUCAGUGUCCAGGAGGCCAUAGCCCUGUAUGGUGGCAAUUCACCAGCAGCAAUGACGACCUGCUAUAUGGACAGUAGCUUUGGCAUUGGCAAAUACUCUACCUCCCUGACCCGUGGGGUGGACUGUCCUUACCUCGCCACCUACAUGGACUGGCAUUUCCUUCAGGAAUCUCAGGCCCCCAAGACACUACGCGAUGCAUUUUGUGUGUUUGAACAGAACCAGGGCCUCCCGCUACGGCGACACCACUCAGAUUUCUACUCCCACUAUUUUGGAGGUGUUGUGGAGACUGUGCUCGUGGUCAGAUCUGUGGCUACCUUGCUCAAUUAUGACUAUGUGUGGGACAUGAUUUUCCACCCCAACGGGGCCAUAGAAGUCAAAUUCCAUGCCACAGGCUACAUCAGCUCAGCCUUCUUCUUCGGUGCUGGUGAAAGGUUUGGAAACCGAGUUGGGGAGCACACGCUGGGCACGGUGCAUGCCCACAGUGCUCACUACAAAGUGGACCUGGAUGUGGCAGGUAAGAUAUCCUGAGGGAGAUAAGGGUCU